UAACACACCACACUGAUGUAUCACAGUCCUGCCUGUAAGUCCGUAAGAAUGAACGCCUCCCCAGUCUGCCAAUGUUUCUUUCACGCGCCUGCGGUACAACUAUGCUCCGCUUGGGGCUCAAAGGAGGUAGAUGUAUAAGGUCUUGUCCUCCGCUGUCAAUACUACAUCUCAAUCUGCAUCAUACACUUUUGUCCACCAAAUACCGAAGCACAAAACCUUAUUCAACCACUGCAACCAUGGCUGCGAGUACCAGUGAGACUCCGAGGAGCCUUCCUACUGUCUACGAGUCGUACCCUUACAUCUCUCGCGAACGAUUUGCUGGCAAGCUCAAUGGCAAAGUAGCGAUCGUGACAGGCACAUCAGUCGGCAUCGGAAGGGAGACUGCCAAGUCAUUCGCGUCCGCAGGUGCAAAGACUGCCUGCGUUGCCCGUCGCGAGGCCGACCUGAACAGCCUCGUUGAGGAGAUCAAGAAGGCCGGCGGCCAUGCUAUCGCUGUUGUUGCCGACGUCGCCGAGCCUGGAGCUGCUCAACGUAUCGUUGGUAAGGUCGAAGAAGAACUCGGUCCCGUCGACAUCUUGGUUAACAACGCCGCCAUCUCUCGCAUAGGCCCUGUAGAGGCGGAGGCGGAAGACAUGGCCAAGUGGUGGCGCGUCCUUGAGGUCAACGUCAAAGCACCUGUAGCUUUGAGCCGUGCUGUCUUGCCGGGCAUGCUCAAGCGCAACUCUGGCAGCAUCAUUACCGUUACGAGUGGCGUGCUUUCCAUGAGCCUUCCUGUCAUGUCAGCCUACUCUUCCUCGAAGGCCGCCAUCACAAAAUUCCACCAAGCGCUCGGCAUUGAGCUCCAGGGCACUGGUGUGACCACGGUCUCUGUCAACCCCGGUUUUAUCGCGACUGAGCUUGGAAAGCCCGAAGAUGCUAUCAAUCGUGACGCUAUGGACCACCCGCUUACGAAGGCUUUCAUGUCCAGCAUCAGCAACGGCUCCUUCAAGCAUACCGACAUUGAUGUGCCUGCAAACUACAUGGUUGCCCUGGCUGCGGACGAGAGGUGCAAGGUUUUGCAAGGUAUGUACGUAAGUGCGACGGCACCACUGGAGGCUAUUCUGGAAGAGGCGGAGAAAGAGGGCAAGGGCAGAAUCGGCAAGGAGAAGAUGUAUGUGAUCAACAUGCCGGAGUUGUAACGGUGAUAACAGCAGCGAGUGCACGUUAUACUGGCAGUGGUGGGGGAGUCUAGCUCGUGCGCUAUACGUCCGUUUAUCAAGAAGUACGUCUUGCUUUAUUCCAUCUCCGGUGUGAUAACGUUGCUCUGUAACGUGUCAAUAAG